AUGUCGUCUUCAUCGCACGCUACCGUCGCGUUCCCCCACCUCGAUCGCCAUGCAUUCUCAAACGCAGGCGAAGAGCAGGACCAGCCCGAGCCAGGGCCACCCGACGCCGCCGCCGGAGUAGACUGCCACGCGGAGCCGGUGCGACGCUUGGGCGCCACUCCUCCUUCGCAGCAGCAGCAGCUGCCUCUGCUGCACCCAAGCGCGCCGGCUGCUGCGUGCGCCGCGUACGCCGGCAACGGCAAGCCCGCGGCCAAGAAGCGCGGCGUGCAGAAGCUGCUCAAGUCGGCUUUCAAGCGCGGGGAGCACGCGACGGGUGCUUCAAAUUCCUCAGCCGAGGAGGAUGCUUCUGCGGCAGCGGCGGCGCAGAACCUCAGCCGGUCGUCCUCGUCGUCCGCCGGCGGGAGCAGCGGGAGGAAAGGACGCAGGGCUGGAGGCGGCGAUGAUGGCUCCGCCGAUGGCGACCGCUCCAGCCAUGACAGCCUUGACCUCGAAUGUUAG